UUGAGUUUUAGAGGCGACACGGCGGCUUCAGCCGAUUUCUUCCCCUUCCUUUGCCUCCCCAUGGAUAUGCACUGCAAGGCAGACCCCUUCUCAGCAAUGCACCCAGGGCACGGGGGUGUGAACCAGCUCGGGGGGGUGUUUGUGAACGGCAGGCCUCUACCUGAUGUGGUGAGACAAAGGAUAGUGGAGCUGGCUCACCAGGGGGUGCGACCCUGUGACAUUUCCAGGCAGCUGCGGGUCAGCCACGGUUGUGUCAGCAAGAUCCUGGGCAGGUAUUACGAGACGGGGAGCAUCAAGCCCGGCGUGAUCGGCGGCUCCAAACCCAAAGUGGCCACCCCCAAAGUAGUGGAUAAAAUCGCCGAGUACAAGAGACAAAACCCGACAAUGUUCGCCUGGGAGAUCCGGGACAGGCUACUGGCCGAGGGCAUCUGCGACAACGACACGGUCCCCAGCGUCUCCUCCAUAAACAGGAUCAUCAGAACCAAAGUUCAGCAACCUUUUCACCCAACACCGGAUGGGAGUGGGACAGGCGUAACUGCACCAGGACAUACUAUUGUGCCCAGCACAGCAUCCCCUCCCGUCUCCAGUGCCUCCAAUGAUCCAGUGGGCUCUUACUCCAUUAACGGGAUCCUGGGGAUUCCUCGGUCGAAUGGCGAGAAGAGGAAACGUGAUGAAGAUGUAUCCGAGGGCUCAGUUCCCAAUGGAGAUUCCCAGAGCAGCGUGGACAGUUUGCGGAAGCACCUUCGUGGCGACACUUUCACCCAGCAGCAGCUGGAAGCUUUAGAUCGAGUUUUUGAGCGUCCUUCUUACCCUGACGUCUUUCAAACAUCAGAGCACAUCAAAUCUGAGCAGGGUAAUGAGUACUCCCUCCCAGCUCUGACCCCUGGUCUCGAUGAAGUCAAAUCAAGUCUAUCCACCUCUGCUAACCCAGACCUGGGGACAAAUGUGUCAGGACCCCAGACGUACCCUGUGGUGACCGAAAACCUCUCCUCUCCCCUCAGUAUAAAGCAAGAGCCUCAUGGAGCCUCUCUCACCCCUUUCACCCCCACCACGCCGGUCGGCUCUGGGCAGGCUGAUCUUCAGCCCUUCCACAUGGCCCUUUCAGACGAUGCGUCCACGCCUUGCUACAGUGCCUUCCUUCAUCAUGGUGCCCACUUUGGGCAAUCCAGCAGCCAGCCUCUGAUAGCAGGUCGUGACAUGGCAAGCACCACCUUGCCUGGCUACCCACCCCAUGUUCCUCCGACUGGACAAGGCAGCUACCCAACCUCCACUCUUGCAGGAAUGGUUCCUGGGAGCGAGUUCUCAGGGAACCCCUACAGCCACCCUCAGUACACAACCUACAACGAGGCCUGGCGGUUCAGCAACCCUGCAUUACUAAUGCCACAUCCCGGGGCUCCGCACCUCCCACUGCUGCCACUGCCUAUGACCGCCACUAGUUACCAUGGAAACCACAUGAAACUGCAGGGCGACAGCUUAGGCCUCCACAUUGUACCUGUCUGAUCACCUCCCUACAUCCCUGGGAAGGGUGAAGAGACCUCCUCCAUUCCUUACCACAGUCCAGUUCCUUCCACUUCACCACGAAGGCACCGGACCAAGCACUCACCACACCAGACUGAGACCCCUGCCCUCCGCCCUGACCGCGCCCCGACGCUGGGAAGAGCCGGCGGCCAAGCGGCUUCUCCUGCAGGAGCCCUCCAACGCUCCUGGGCAAAACUCAGCCCCACAAAGUCCCCUUGACUUCCAGGACUUCAGAGGGACUGGAAAACAAUGCAGCUGGCAACCAUUGCAACACAGGACCCCCAUUCUGGGAGCGGUAAGGGCCAGGGGAAGCAGGGGAGAACACUGCUCAUGAAACACUGUUCCCCAAAGAUAUGCUCCUCUGUGGUGGACUCUUCAACAUGUGUAACCUGUGAUGCUCAUCCUGUUUCCCAGGACAGAGGGAACAGUCUGGCUAGAGCAGAGAUGGCAGUACAGAGACCUGGCCCAUCUGGCAAUGAAGAAAAGGACCAAGUAACUGUCUGCACCCCAUGAGGGGUUCUCGGUGCACCUCAUCCCCACUCUCCAGCGUGGCUUCCCCCAUGGUUGGCUGCACCUCACACGUGGUGACUUUGCAGGCCAGAGCUGAGAGGAACCUCACACAUACACCCACAAUUUCUGUGACACACAAUCAGCUCAGACAGGAGGAUGGAGCAACAUUUACAAAGCAACCAACGAGAUGAAGAAAUAUAUAAAUAGAUAUAUAAAUAUAACUGUGUUUUUAUGCUUUGUCAUGAAGGUCUGUAAAAAGAAAAAAAAAAAGAACAAAUCCCCAAUUUUCUAAAAAACUCAAGCAAACAAAAACAACAAAAAAACCAAAAUAAUAAUUAAAAAACCCUACAAAAAUAAAACUCCAAGUCCCAUCCCUCCCCACCACCUGAAUGGCAGAUGAGUUCCUCUGAUGUUUGAUGCUCCUCUUUCACUCUAGGGUUUUGUUUCCUUUCUGUUUUGCACUACAAUGGGAUGGUGGUAUUGGAGAGGAUUGGAUGCCAGCUCCACCCCAGUUGCCUCCUCCUCCUCUCCCUUUCCCAAAUCCUGUCUCUGGGGAGCAGUGCGGACAAGUCACAUCUGACAAAGUUACCAAACACAUCAGUCGACAAAAAGCACUCUGAGUCAACAAACAUUUUCCAUGUCACUGGUUGGCAAACAAAGAAAAGAAGCCCAGCUGCGCUCUAACUGCGCUGUGUGGUGGAAGGUGUGGGGCUUCAUGUGGGCCCAUCUGAUUGCCCUCUGGACAGCUGAGACUGAGAUGGACAAAUUCAGGAUUGGCUGGGAUUAUUUGCUUGGUUCCCUAGCCCUUAGCUGCCACUCCUUUUACCUUAACCCCUGUACCUGUGACAACUUCAGUUCACCCACAUCCCAACUUUCACAAUUUUAGAUAAGCCCAACAUCCAUUCUCCAGAUCCCCACAGCUGGUGACAACAGCCUCAUUAUCUGUGCCCACCACCUAAUUUCCUAACCACUGUAGCCUUGCUAUAUGGGCUCCCUUCAGUUCCUGGUCUGCCUGCUCAUACACCUACUAAUUAUAGGCCUCCAUUCAAAUCCAUAUGCUUGCAUCCUAAAAGCCAAUCCAAACAAACAGCCCCAUCUUUUCAUCUUCAAUCCUAUAUUGUGCACCCUAAUAUUUACCCAUUAUACCAAAUGCUCAUCUCAUGAUUCUCUAGGGGUUCUCUGCUCUUUUUGGUUCCCAAGUGACUGGCAAACACUGUUCUGCAAAAGGCUGUCAAUAGAAAUGUUUAUUACUCCUGUAUCGUCAGCAGAUUCAUAAACUGUUCUUGCACUGACACUUCCUAAAAAACACUCAAAGAAAACAUGAAGGCAGCUAUAGCCUGUCCCCAGGGCAUCAAGUCUGCCAAAGUCGAUCCUUGCUGUUUUAGAGAGGUUUCAGAUAAAACUUGUGGGCUACUGUCCAUGGACAAAGACAGGAUUGAGAAUCAAACCCCUGAAGGGCAUAAAAAUGAACAGUGGAGCAAUCUGUACAGCCAACGUUAUGUAUAAAAUCCAAAGUUAACAGCCUCAGAGGAGAUGUGGUUGUGGACUCAGUAUUCUAUUUUCAAGUUUAACUUGUAUGUAUGAAAUCCAUCAUCAGUAAACAGCUGUGUCAAUCCCAAGGCCCCUUUCACCUAACACUUUUAGCCCUUGCAUGGCUCUGAUUAUAGGUCUGUGUCUUCUUUAAUAGGGUGCCCAAAUGGUAAGGGUAUUUGGGGGCGGGGUGUUUACAUAGAAGAUAUAGAGCUAAAAUCUGUUCCUGUACAGAAUAAAAUCAAAGAGGUUACUCCUGAUCUAUUAAAAAUGUCAUUCUACACAUCUUACCUCUGAGUAACCUGCUGCAAAUACCAGAGUUGUUACACUGUCACCAAGACCAGAAUUUCGCCCAUUAUUUCACCUUAUUCUGUAUGAGAAGAAAAUUGAGUAAUGUCUAAAAGUUUCUUUUCACCACUCCUUCUGUUUUCUUCCACAGACACCAGAUAGAUGCUGGACCCUGUUAAGUCUCCCUUUCAGUUUCUCAGUAUGGCCUUUGCUCUACUCAUGUCCCACCCAGUUUUACUCUGCAGGUGGUUAGAGCAGAGGCAGUAAAUCACAGGACCAGCAAGGACAACCUCCUGAGUAGGCUAGGGAAAAGGAGACUAUCACACCUCACACUUGGCAACCUGUAGCCCAGGGGCCACCUCAAGAGAAGCUAGCAGCUCAGAAAUGCUUAUUUUUAUAAUGGUGUUUCACUAAACUUGAGACACGAGCUAGGGUAUGAAAUCAGGAUUUGUUUGGCUCACCCAUGGCUGGCUUGAUUUGACCCUCAGAGCACCAAACCCAUUAUUGGUGUAACUCCACUGCUAAAAGAGGAUUUCCACCAGGCAUUGGAUUGGUUUGGAAUGUUCCUAAGUAUGGCAUGUAGUCUGACCAGGAAAAUUAAAAGGAAAGCAAAAUUAUGCAAAGGACUGGGCAGUCUAAUCCUCUUCCACCACCAUCUGUAGACCCCCAUGCGAAUGUACUGAAUUACAUUUGCCAAAGAGUUUCUUGUGUUGGUUGUUUUGAUUUACAGUCGGUGGAUGCAUUGUAAAGCAGUAUUAUAGCUAAAGUCUAGUAGCUGACACAGGGAUUUAUGUGGUAAUAUUAUGCAGAAGAAAACCAUCAAUAUUCAUAUAGAUUCCAUUAGACUGGACUAUGCAGGAAACGCAAAAAUUCUACCAAUUAUUUAAUAUUAUGUUAUUUGCAAAAACAAUUGCUGCUUUGUAGGAAGAUAAUGUGUGUAAUGUGAAGGCAAUUCCUCUUGUAUAUAAGUUCAUCUCCAUCUUCAUCAUGGUAGUUAUUAAAACAGCCUCGUCUCAUCCUGUAGAUAAGGAACACGCUGUCUGUACUGUGCAAGUCUUGUGCUCACUGAAAACAAAACAAUGUGUUCAAUAAAGCACAGCACAAAUCCAGAACCUGAGGGAACAGCCAAACCUUGAAAGGACCCCUUCCCCAACAGGCCAACAGUUGCUUCAGUUGCUUUGUUGUAGGUGGAUUUUUUUUAUUAUUAUUUGUAAUUUUUCUUUUUAAAGUUUUACAAGAAAAAAUGAAAAAUAAUUGGAGCAAAAAGUCACUAUGCAAAAUCCAGUGAAGGUCAAUGGCUUACAUCUCUCUCAAUUUUGUUGUUUUUUCCCUUUUUCACACCUCUUUCCCUUCAAUUUCUAGCUCCCUCAUUAUUCUUCAUUCCCACUGCAUUUUUCUAUCCAUAGAGGAAACAGCAUUACUGGUAUGAGAGCAGAUAUCUGGGAACUCGAACUCCCCAGUUCUCCUUGUGGCUCUAGAGAACCUUUGUCAAGUCCAGUUUCCCCCCUAUGCCUCAAUUCCAAUCUUCUGUAAAAGAGGGAUAACAAUAGUUCUUAAUUCACAGGGGGAUUGCACAGCUGAAUUAAUUAGCACCGGCUCAGUGCUUUGAGAUCCUGGAAAGAAAAUUCUAUCAAAGUGUUCAGUAUUAUUCUGAAUAAUAAUGAAUGUUUCCAUUUAAUUUCUCUCUUUUCCUUCUUCUCACAAAUCAUUAUUCAUUUCAUAAACUCUUCUUCCUUAGCUCUCCCUUCACUUCUUUCUUCUCUUAUCAUUCUUAGCUCUGCUGCUACAUUUACUUUAUCUAAAGGACCAAGCAGGAAUGUUAUGUGACUGGAUCUCCUUCUGUCACCAGUUUUUUGUGGGAAGGAAUCUCGUGAGUUCUCAAAUGCCAUGCUUCACUGAAAGCAACAGGGACCAUGGCAUUUAAAACCGGGCAGCACUUUCAAGUCCUGUUCUCUGAAGCUCCCACAUCCUUUUGGCCCAAUGGGAUGUGGGGCAAGAAGGAGGGAGGUUUGAACAGGGUGGGUGCAUUAAAGUUGACACCCUUGUGACCUCUAAAUCUGUUGGGGAGGGUUGGUGGCAAUGAGCCCUGCUGUGGAAACAAGAAGUCUGCAUGCUUUCUGACCCAUCAGUAGCGAUGACUCAAACUGAGUAAGACUUCAGAAUUAAUCACAACAUGAAUGUGAAGAUGUUAAACAAAAAGAAAAUGAAAAACCCUGCACCUCUUUCUCCUCUUCAGUACAUAAUUAUAUAUCCACAUCAGCAUUUUCUUAAAGGGAUUUUUGGUUUGCUGAACUGUUGGAAAACCCCCACGCUUUUGUUUCUAAUAAAAAGCACACCUCUGGGAAAAGAAAUAUGAACCAUAGCUGACCCUUUUGGUACUGACAAAAUGAGAGCUUCUGAGGGAUCUCACAAAUACCACAGUGUGCUCCUUGGCUGGGCCUAGGAUGGUGGCAAAAUUGCAAAGCAA